CUCGCUGGGGGCCCCUCUGAGCCCGGGGAGGCGGGUAAUGGUCUGGGUGCUUGCGAAGCAGGCAUCGCGGCGCCCCAAGAUCCCGGGCUAGGAGGCGGGGAAUCCUUUAGAGCGGAGGCGGCGGCCUGGGGCAGUGACAGGUGCAAAGCCCCAGAAGAACAGGAGGAAGAGAAGGAGGAGCGGUUCCCAGGCGGUGGGACCCACCUGCAGCAGCAGGAGUAAAAACGAUGCCGACCAUGCGGAGAACAGUGUCCGAGAUCCGCUCGCGGGCGGAGGGCUAUGAGAAGACAGAUGAUGUUUCAGAGAAAACUUCGCUGGCUGAUCAGGAAGAAAUGAGGACUAUAUUUCUCAACCAACCUCAGCUGACAAAGUUCUGCAAUAACCACGUGAGCACGGCCAAGUACAACAUCAUCACAUUCCUGCCAAGAUUUCUAUACUCUCAGUUCAGAAGAGCUGCAAAUUCAUUUUUUCUCUUUAUUGCAUUGCUUCAGCAAAUACCUGAUGUGUCACCAACAGGUCGCUAUACAACACUGGUUCCUCUUUUAUUUAUCUUAGCAGUGGCAGCUAUCAAGGAGAUCAUUGAAGAUAUUAAACGACACAAGGCUGAUAAUGCGGUGAAUAAGAAACAGACACAAGUUCUGAGAAAUGGUGCUUGGGAAAUUGUCCACUGGGAAAAGGUAAAUGUUGGAGAUAUAGUUAUAAUAAAAGGCAAAGAGUAUAUACCUGCUGACACUGUACUCCUAUCAUCAAGUGAGCCCCAGGCCAUGUGUUACAUUGAAACAUCCAACUUAGAUGGUGAAACUAACCUGAAAAUACGACAGGGUUUGCCAGCAACAUCAGAGAUUAAGGAUAUUGAUAGUUUAAUGAGAAUCUCUGGCAGAAUUGAAUGUGAGAGUCCAAAUCGGCAUCUUUAUGAUUUUGUCGGCAAUAUUAGGCUUGAUGGACAUGGAACUGUUCCCCUGGGAGCUGAUCAAAUUCUUCUACGAGGGGCUCAAUUGAGAAAUACACAGUGGGUUCAUGGAAUAGUGGUCUAUACUGGACAUGAUACCAAGCUUAUGCAGAAUUCAACAAGCCCACCCCUGAAGCUCUCCAACGUGGAACGGAUUACAAACAUUCAAAUUCUAAUUUUAUUUUGUAUCUUGAUUGCCAUGUCUCUAAUCUGUUCCAUUGGCUCAGCUAUUUGGAAUCGAAGGCAUUCUGGAAGGGACUGGUAUCUCAAUCUCAAUUAUGGUGGAGCUAACAAUUUUGGACUGAAUUUCUUGACUUUUAUCAUCCUCUUCAACAACCUCAUUCCAAUCAGCUUGUUGGUUACAUUAGAAGUUGUUAAAUUUACCCAGGCUUACUUCAUAAAUUGGGAUCUAGAUAUGCACUAUGAACCAACAGACACUUCUGCUAUGGCUCGGACAUCCAAUCUUAAUGAAGAACUUGGCCAGGUUAAAUACAUAUUUUCCGACAAAACUGGUACCCUGACUUGCAACGUAAUGCAGUUUAAGAAAUGUACAAUAGCCGGAAUUGCUUAUGGCCAUUUUCCUGAGCCUGAGGAUUAUGGGUACUCUGCUGAAGAUUGGCAGGGCUCACAGCCUGGAGAAGAAAAAGUAUUUAAUGAUUCAUCGUUACUGGAAAAUCUCGAAAGCAAUCAUCCAACUGCGCCAAUUAUAUGUGAAUUUCUUACAAUGAUGGCCGUCUGUCAUACAGCAGUACCAGAACGGGAAGGUGAUAAAAUUAUUUACCAAGCAGCAUCUCCAGAUGAAGGAGCCCUUGUCAGAGCUGCUAAACAGCUGAAUUUUGUUUUCACUGGAAGAACACCUGAUUCAGUCAUUAUAGAUUCACUUGGACAGGAAGAAAGAUAUGAAUUACUCAAUGUCCUGGAGUUUACCAGCACCAGAAAAAGAAUGUCAGUGAUUGUCCGCACUCCAUCCGGGAAGUUACGGCUCUACUGCAAAGGAGCAGACACUGUAAUUUAUGAUCGUCUGGCUGAAAGCUCAAAAUAUAAGGAAAUUACUUUAAAACAUUUAGAGCAGUUUGCUACAGAAGGGUUAAGGACUUUGUGCUUUGCUGUGGCUGAGAUUUCAGAAAGUGACUUUCAAGAAUGGCGUUCAGUAUAUGAGCGAGCUUCAACUGCCAUCCAAAACAGGUUACUCAAACUAGAGGAGAGUUAUGAGCUAAUUGAAAAGAAUCUUCAGCUACUUGGAGCCACAGCCAUUGAAGACAGAUUACAAGAUCAAGUACCUGAGACCAUAGAAACUCUAAUGAAAGCUGACAUCAAAAUCUGGAUCCUCACAGGGGAUAAGCAAGAAACUGCCAUUAACAUUGGGCAUUCCUGCAAACUCUUGAAGAAGAACAUGGGCAUGAUCGUCAUAAACGAAGGGUCUCUUGAUGCAACAAGAGAAACUCUGAGCCAUCAUUGUACUACCCUUGGUGAUGCUCUCCGGAAGGAAAACGAUUUUGCUCUAAUAAUUGAUGGCAAAACUCUGAAGUAUGCCUUAACAUUUGGAGUGAGACAGUACUUCCUGGAUUUAGCUUUGUCCUGCAAAGCUGUUAUUUGUUGCAGGGUAUCACCUCUUCAAAAAUCUGAAGUUGUAGAGAUGGUUAAAAAACAAGUUAAAGUCAUAACCCUGGCAAUUGGCGAUGGAGCAAAUGAUGUUAGCAUGAUACAGACAGCACAUGUUGGUGUUGGCAUAAGUGGCAACGAAGGACUGCAAGCAGCUAACUCUUCUGAUUACUCCAUAGCACAGUUCAAGUAUCUGAAGAAUUUACUGAUGGUCCAUGGAGCCUGGAACUAUAACCGAGUAUCCAAAUGUAUUCUCUAUUGCUUCUACAAGAAUAUAGUGCUCUAUAUUAUUGAGAUCUGGUUCGCCUUCGUGAAUGGCUUUUCUGGGCAAAUUCUCUUUGAACGCUGGUGUAUAGGCCUUUACAAUGUGAUGUUCACAGCAAUGCCUCCACUCACUCUUGGAAUAUUUGAGAGAUCUUGUCGAAAAGAAAAUAUGCUGAAAUAUCCAGAAUUAUACAAAACUUCUCAGAAUGCAUUGGAUUUCAACACAAAGGUUUUCUGGGUUCAUUGUUUAAAUGGCCUCUUCCACUCAGUUAUUCUGUUUUGGUUUCCACUAAAAGCCCUCCAGUAUGGUACAGUAUUUGGAAAUGGAAAAACUUCUGAUUAUCUAUUGUUGGGAAACAUCGUUUAUACUUUUGUAGUGAUCACUGUAUGUUUGAAAGCUGGAUUGGAGACAUCAUAUUGGACUUUGUUCAGCCACAUAGCAAUCUGGGGCAGCAUUGCUCUCUGGGUGGUGUUUUUUGGAAUCUACUCAUCUUUAUGGCCUGCUAUUCCAAUGGCACCUGAUAUGUCAGGAGAGGCAGCCAUGCUCUUUAGUUCUGGAGUCUUCUGGAUGGGGUUGUUAUUUAUUCCUGUGACAUCUUUGCUUCUUGACAUUGUAUAUAAAGUAAUCAAGAGAGCCACUUUUAAAACACUGGUAGAUGAAGUUCAGGAGCUUGAGGCAAAAUCCCAAGAUCCAGGGGCUGUUGUACAUGGAAAAAGCCUAACAGAAAGAGCACAACUUUUGAAGAAUGUCUUUAAGAAAAAUCAUGUGAACUUGUACCGUUCUGAAUCUUUGCAACAAAACCUGCUCCAUGGAUAUGCUUUCUCUCAAGAUGAAAACGGAAUUGUUUCCCAGUCUGAAGUGAUUAGAGCUUAUGACACCACAAAACAAAGACCAGAUGAAUGGUGAAGAGGGCUUUGCUUAAGAAGUGGGCUCAAAUACUUACUUCGGUAAGACAACCUACUAGGUCUUUACUGGAAUCCUCUAAAUAAUUCCAGUCCAGGAAGUUACAAAAAGAUCCGUGCUGAUGUCGUUGGGUGAAGUUCAGAUUCAUCUAUUCUGUAGACAUAAGCACUGUGCGACUAUACUGUAACAACAUCUCUUUCAAAGUUUUAUAAACAAGUAUUUGCUUAAUGUUUGUAAACAGAAGUUGAAAAUGACCUUGUAUCCUGCCAGACUGCUAACUUAAAAUGAGGCUCUUUCAGUGUUGUUCUUACUCCACACCUUGGGAUAAAGCUAACACUGAGGUUACUGAAUAUAUCAUAUGAUGACAGAUCUUUACCAUUUAUGAAAAAUAUGAAAUGGCAUUAAGUCAAAGAGGGACUGGACUGUUGGUAACAAGAGUCAGAUUCAAAAUGAGCGGAAAACCAGCAUUUUUAAGGGGCGGACUCAUCUUCCAGAGUAAAAUUUCUAAGCAAGGCAUCAAUUGGUGUUUGUGUCCAAAACCGUCCUAAUAAAUGUUUGCCAAAGAAGUUCAAUAAAUGUAUUUCUCUUUCAGUAGCCAUUUGCACAGAAAUGGCAAAGGAAGUUUCCUUCUUGUCAUUUUGUCAGAACUGCAUGCUUGACUUUUUAUCUGUAAGAUGAUCAGUUUGCAAAAAUGAGUCAAAUUCAGGUUUCGUCUAUGGCGUUUGCUACUAAAAUCUGGAACGUUUUGCACCUUCAGCCUUACGAAUGCUUCUUUCUUCCUUGUCUCGUUUAUCUGUCAGUGUCAGAGAGGUACAUUUUAAUGUGGCUACUCUCUUAGUUGUGAUGGUAAUUUUCUAAUGUUGUGUUUGUAUCUAUUAGCCAGCUCCAGUGUAUUUCCAUCUUUUUCUAUGAUGUUUCUGCUCUAAAUUUUGUGGCCUGACAUGGUAUUGUAAAGUACUGAGAGGAGCUUUCUUUUUUCCACUUGAGAAAAGUACAUUUGCAUAUUUAUAUAAGAUUUCCAAAGUUUCUGUUCAAAUAUUUGGAAUACCACAUCAGAUAAACACAUUUGCUUUUAUAAUCUACUUUGGUUUUACCUUCCAGUUCCCCCUAGAGGUUUACUGCUGUCUUAUACAGCCAAACCAUGUGUAAUCUAUAUUUAAGAAUGAGUAAUUAGUUUGCAGUUCAGUUGUCAGAGGUAGCUACCACAUUUCUUUUAACUAAAAUGAAUCACAUGUUAAUGGAAAAAACACAUUUUCAACUUGCCCAUUUUACCCAAGUCCAGAGUUUGGAAAUGAGGCGCACUUCUUGUUAUAAAUAGGUUGUAUUGUACUGAUAUGUUUGUUAAAUGAAUGUUUAGUUCAUUGGGCACUUCUGAACUAUCUAUUAAAAUGCCUGUUUUGCUACCAAAAGCAAGUGACAAAAUAUGCUUGACAAAGCGUAAGCAAAUUUGUAUUCCCAUUUUAAACAUAUUGCUUUUAUUUUAGAUAAAAAGAGUUCCAAUUUUUGGAUACAAAUAGUAGACUGAAACACGUGUUGCCUUUUAGUGAGUAGCAGAUUUGCCUUUCGGUGGAUAAUAGAUGCCUAAUAGAUGGAACUUGCUUCUUUUGUCUUAAGCAAACACUUUUGUUUUUAAGAAAGGAGACUUUUACUAAAUCAACCCUUGAGUUUCACAAUUUCACAGUCAUCCUAAAUCCAGAUUUUAAAUGAUAAGGUCAUAUCUUAAGGGCAUUUAAGGUCCCUUUCAGUUUUGGAUUUCUUUUGGUUCUGUAGCAAAAGAAUCAUUUCACUCAGUGUAUCCACAGCUACUCUCUACUUACUCCUUUGCCAAGUAAAUUUCCAUUCUUUUAUCUCUAACAAAUGUGUACCUACAGAAAGAUGUCACGCAUUCAACUUAGCUUUCUAUUGAAGAAUUGAUUAUUAGAUGAUAGAGCUAUUUUCUAAAUUAUGACAUCUUUAAAGUUUAAAAUAUGUCUAGAUACCUAUUGCUUCUUUUAAAUGUGUCUUUAGUCAUCCCUUCCCUAAGUUCAGAUGCUUUUAUGUUCUACCCAUGUGAAGAUAGUUGAGAUAGAACCACAAAUAUUCAAAAAGAAGUAAAUAUAUCCCAUCUACCGAAAAAAAUAGGGCUUUCAAAAAAAAAUUCAUCUUCUACUUCUAUUUCCUAUUCCUCAUCAAUGUCACUUUUCCUAAGAUCAUAACUUCCAAAAUUAUCAAUGGGAUAGAAUUUAAUUUCCUGACCUAAAGGAGGUAAUAAAUUCUUGAUCCAUGGUUUACUUUGGUGAAAUUCGCUAACAUCAAUGGGGUAUGCCUAUAUAAAUGAUUCUUUUUAAAUUUACAAAAGUAAAUAUUAAUUUAUCUUGCUGAAUUUCUACUAGCAAUUUAGUUAUAGUCUGACAUAGAGGAUAGGGUGCUAGAUUUAAAGUGAAGAAGAAAAUUCAAGUUUUGACAUUGACGGUGUGGCCAAGGUAAUUUACCUCUCUGGACCUCAUUUCCCUCAUCUGUAGAAUGAAGAUUUAUAAUCCCUGUGGUACCUAUUUCAUAGGGUUGAUAGGAUCUUAUGAAAUGAGAGCAUUUUGUAAACUUGAAAACACUAUAUAAAUUUCUGUUUUCAAUAAUAUCCACAUUUCUGUCCCAUAAAAGAACAUUUUAACAAAAAAAAAAAGUCAUCUUUUUUUUCAUGAAAUCAAACCUUAGUAAAACUUAAAAUUUGCUAUUUAAUCAUAGGAUCUUUACAUUGUUGAAGCAAAUCACAACUCCAAGAUUCCUUGUUACCUUCUUCAUAAGAAAAAACCAAUUUUUUCCUGAAGGAUAAGUAGAGCUAAGGUGCACUAAUUCUACCUUCCUCUCUUUGAAGCCUUUCAAGGUAGAAUGUGUGUCUGAGAAAUCAGACAUCCCAUGUUGGUUUUUACUAUGAGUUUCCUUAGUGGAAACUUGUUGCUUCACAAGAACUAACACUUAAAAAAAUUGAGUUCAUG